UCUUGAGAGAAAGAAAUUUCCGACCGACACGCCAGACCUACAGAAAUGAUUGUAUAAGCAUAUACCCUUGGAGUCGUGUUUCCUAACCUCAAUGCGUUCCUCUCGGUGGACCAAUCUACGUGUUGCAGUCGAAGGGUGGUUUCCAUUUAUACAAGUGACACGUGACCUUGGUGACGAGAUUAAGAUAAGUGGACCAAUGGCAAAAGUACUGGAACACCUAUCUCGUUCUUUAAAUUUCAACUACACGUUGAUGACGCCUGUCGAUCACUACUGGGGUAUUAAACUACCUAAAGGAAAUUGGACGGGGAUGGUGGGGAUGGUGCACAGACAGGAGGCGGACAUUGCUUUAGGUUCUUUCACCAUCAAUUAUGAUCGCUACCAAGCGACGGAAAUGACAAACACUUUUUACACUGGCCAGUUAUGUGUGUUGACAGGACCACCACAACAAACAGCAAAGUUCUUUAAGUACUUGUUAAGUUAUGCUUGGGAGGUAUGGUUAUGUUCAUUGAUGACUCUCCUGGUACUGGUGGUUAUCUCUGUCAGCUUUCUAAAAAUGAAUGAAAAAAGAUAUUCACGCUCAAACUGGAUGUCUUUAGCUUUAAGGAACCUGUGGUCCUUCUGCAAGCUACAUCUCUAUCAAGGUCUUUCCGAGAUGGAGGAGAAGAAGAUCAACAGAUUGGUACUCUCUUCCUGGCUUUUUGCCGUUUUCAUGCUGAUGAGCAGUUUCAGUGGCCACCUGGAGUCGUCACUAAUGGUCAAGGAAGACAUUAAUGUGAUCGACAGCCUCGAGGAUCUCCUUAAGCACCCACACAUUCAGCCGUUAGUGGAAGCCGAAAGUAUACUGGAAGCUGUGUUAUCAACUAGCCCACAUGAAACUUAUCGGGAGAUCUGGUCUAGAAUCAAAGAAAAACCUGAUUCCCGACUGCCUUUCCAAGAGCUAGAAAAAGAUGAAGUUCUGGACAUGGUAGACGCUGGCACACAUGCCAUAAUUAUAGACACAGUAACGAUCAAGGGUAUUCUCAAUAGGAGGUUUCUCACUGGAAAGUCCUGUCAGUUCCACGUGUCUACGAAAAAGUUCCAUGAGACUUUCUUAGUGAUGAUAAUGAGGAAAGACUUGGAAGCAACAAUAAUGGAAGGAAUAAGGACGAAUAUCGACAGCUUCACGCAAAGCCACCUAUUAACUCGUUGGAUAGAAGAUAUGACCAUCAACGGUACAAAAUGUCAAACCAAUACUGCCAAAGAUGUCGGAGCUCUCAACACUGACGAUUUGAGCGGCGCGUUUCUGUUGUGGCUGUGUGGUCUUAUGACGUCUCUCUUUGCAUUUACUGGAGAAUUCGUUCUUUGGCGAAAAUGUGUCAGGCAUGGUUAUUCUGUAUCAGGAGUUUAAAUAAUCUUUAAAUGACAAGAACGUGAGAAUCAAAAUGUCUUUAGUUCUCAGAGGACUUAGUGGUAUUCUAUAAGUAAUACUAAGAUUUUAUGAAAUGAUAAUAUACUCGGUGUAGCCUGUUAUAUCACACUGUAGCUUCUCAAAAUAUGAAA